AUGAACAAAAGAGUUAAAUUGUCAGCUGUAAAGGAGCUGAUAUUCUCUCUGGGGGAGGCAGACAAUGACACACAGUUUAUUUUAGUAACUUGUAUAGAUCUUGUUCCUCUGCUAGAUUAUCUGAAGAAUGCUCUUCUGGGUAGCCUCGUGGUUUUAGCCACCUUCGUGACUUUAUGCAAUGCCCAGUGCUAUAUCAUAUCUAAUCAGAACUCUACACCUAAUAAAUGCAAGGAUCUCGAUGGAGUGCACCCGCUGAACUCAAAGUGGAACACUGAGAACUGUGAGGAGUGUACUUGUGACCGAGGUGGAAUUAACUGUUGCAACACUGACAGUGCUGCUGUACCUGUGGAUUAUGACACAAACAAGUGCCAGAUAAUCUUCAACAAGGAGACCUGCACCUAUGCAGUGGUGGAACAGGAGGACCCAGAAAAGACUUGUGCUGUCAGUGGAUGGGUGUUAUAAUGUGCUUCUCAUGGGCCCAGAGCUCCCAGCCUGCUGGGGGCGCCCAGGUUCUCCCAGGCCAGGCGUCAUUCUCCUAUGGCCUCUAAUAGUCUGUGAUUGUGUAACCCCACCUAUCAGUCAAAUAUGUUUUGAGCAAACACUUGAAUAUGUGUAUACUUCUCGUUUAUAAAUUAUGUAUGCAUUGAUAAUACACACAUUACAAAGCAUGUAAACAUUUAAAGGAGACAAAAAUAAAUAUGAAUAAAAGUUAUUUUCCCUCCACUCCCAUAGAUC